ACACUUGUUCUCCACUCCCCCGCAGGCUGCAGCUCCAUCAUCAUCCAUCAUCCACAAAAUUUUCCUCUUCCUCCCACAACACCUCUCGUUCCCCUUUCCGCUCAUGAAUUGAAUUCUUUUCUCUCCUCUAAUUUCCUCUCGCGGAGGAGAAAAGAAUUCAAUUCCUCUCUUUGAUUUGAAUUUUCCCAUGGCGAAGACUAUAAUUUCUUCUCCAUCUUUUCUCGAAACUCCACUCCCUCCCCUCCCUCGCCAUGCUUUCCUCCCUCAACGCACUAGACUUAUCAGUACCACUAGAGUCAAAUUCAGCCUGCACGAGCUUCCUCCUCCAAUUCACAACUCAAUAGAUUUCGGCGCAAUUGUUAGCCGGGCCGAGAGCUUGCUCUACACUUUAGCUGAUGCAGCUGUGGCUGUCGACCCGGCUACUGGUGGCGCUGCCUCCGACUCCACUACCGCUGUUGCUCAGAAAAGCGGAGGCUGGUUCGGCUUCAUUUCCGAAGCCAUGGAAUUUGUCUUGAAGAUACUAAAGGAUGGGCUUUCAGCUGUGCAUGUGCCAUAUGCCUAUGGAUUUGCCAUUAUUUUGCUAACUGUCAUUGUAAAAGCUGCCACCUUCCCUUUGACCAGACGACAGGUUGAAUCCACCUUGGCAAUGCAAAAUCUUCAACCAAAGAUCAAAGCAAUCCAACAAAGAUAUGCAGGAAACCAGGAAAGAAUACAACUUGAGACAGCACGUCUCUAUCGGCAGGCAGGAGUUAAUCCUCUUGCAGGAUGUUUCCCGACUCUAGCCACAAUACCAGUCUGGAUAGGUUUAUAUCAAGCUCUUUCUAAUGUGGCAAAUGAGGGACUAUUGACAGAGGGUUUCUUUUGGAUCCCUUCUUUGGGAGGCCCAACUACAAUUGCUGCACGCCAGAGUGGUUCUGGAAUUUCUUGGCUCAUUCCAUUUGUGGAUGGGCAUCCUCCACUUGGUUGGCAUGAUACUGCAGCAUACCUUGUUCUGCCUGUCCUCCUAAUUGUUUCUCAAUAUGUAUCGAUGGAAAUCAUGAAGCCUCCUCAAACGGAUGAUCCGGCACAAAAGAACACUCUUCUUGUUUUCAAGUUUCUUCCAUUGAUGAUUGGUUACUUUUCCUUGUCUGUUCCAUCUGGAUUAACCAUUUACUGGUUCAUAAAUAAUGUGCUGAGCACGGCACAGCAGGUAUGGUUGCGGAAAUUAGGUGGUGCAAAGUCUGUUGUAAGUGAGAAUGCAAGUGGCAUAAUCACUGCUGGACGUGCAAAACGGUCUGCUUCCCCGCCUGAGCAAACUGGUGAAAGAUUCAGGCAAUUGAAAGAGGAAGAGAAGAAGAAAAAUUUGAGCAAGGUUGUAUCUACAGUAGAAGUUGAGACAUCAGUGUCUGUCUCUGAUUCUGGAGACGAGCCAGAUGAAGAGGCCAAGUCCAAGGAUAAUGAGGUUCUGGAAGAGGCUGUUGCUUCAAGCGCUGGUAAACCAGUUCCAGAAUACAGUAGACCAAGGAGGAGUAAGCGGUCAAAGAGGAAGCGCGCGGUAUGAUAAUCUUAUGCUAAAUUUUGUUAGUUGUGAGUUAACCGUGUAUCUCUGAACACUAUGUACUUUAGUCAGUGUAUAGUGGCCAUUUUUCAUGCUGGUCAUUUUUUUGGAAUUGUGCUAGCUGUACCAAUUAGUCAAUCAUUUGAUAGCUCGAACAAACCACAUAUUAAUGACAAUAAGGCUGCUUUUUCUGGUUUAUUAGACCUUAUGUAUAAUUACAAACUUUCAGAUGUUACGAAA